CUUCUCCAUCACUCUGCUGCUUCUUUUUCCCAACUGUGAAGAAGAGUAAACCAGAGAAGUGAGGGUUUGGAAAAUGGGCGUCGGAGGCAAAUUCUGGGACUUGCUAAAGCCCUACGCCAAACACGAAGACCCUGAUUUCCUGAGGGACAAACGAGUCGCUGUUGAUCUUUCUUACUGGAUCGUCCAAAACGAGACCGCCAUCAAGACCUACGUCCUCAACCCUCACCUCCGCCUUACUUUCUUCCGGACCCUCAACCUCUUCUCCAAGUUCGGCGCUUUCCCGGUGUUUGUUGCCGAUGGGACUCCUUCGCCGUUGAAGUCUCAGGCGAGGAUAGCCCGAUUCUUCAGAUGCUCGGGAGUUGAUGCUGCCCGUUGGCCGGUGGCUGAAGAAGGUGUCUCCGUGGAGAGAAACGGGGCGUUUUUGAAGUGUGUUCGGGAGUGCAUUGAAUUGCUUGAACUCUUUGGGAUGCCGGUUCUUCGAGCCAAGGGCGAGGCUGAAGCGUUGUGUGCCCAGCUGAAUCGGGAGGGUCAUGUAGAUGCCUGUAUCACUGCUGAUAGUGAUGCUUUCCUCUUUGGUGCUCAGUGCGUGAUUAAAUCCAUCAAACCCAAUUCUAAAGAGCCAUUUGAGUGUUAUCAUAUGUCAGAUAUUGAAGCUGGUCUUGGGUUAAAGAGGGAACAUCUAAUAGCCAUUUCUCUCUUGGUUGGAAAUGAUCAUGAUCUUAGAGGAGUUCAAGGGAUUGGAAUUGAUAAUGCUCUUCGGUUUGUUCAAAGUUUUGGUGAAGAAGAGAUAUUAGAUAAUGGGAAGGCUCCUUUUCCUCAGGGUGGUCCAAAAGUCGUAGGCAGUCCCAUGCUUCUUGCAGAUGACAGCUCACCAAAGUUGAGACCUGCUCACUGCUCAGUUUGUGGCCAUCCUGGCAGCAAGAGAGCACAUUCAAAGUCAUCUUGUCAGGAUUGUCAUCCCAGUGGCGGCUAUCUAAUGUGCAUCAAAUCCUAGUGGGUCUGACAAUCACUUGUGAACUUUGACUUGGCAGGAGAGAGAGGCAAGGCAGCUGAAAAGGCAUGAAAACUGGUACACGAAAGUAUGUGAGAAGAUAGCCAGGGAGCAGAAUUUCCCAAACGAUGAAAUAAUUGAGAUGUAUUUGUGCAAUGAUAACGGAAACAUCACUGAUGGUGGUUCCUGUAUUUCAUGGCAGCAGCCUGAAACUGACAUGUUGGUUGACCUUUUGGUGUUUCGACAGCAUUGGGAACCCUCUUAUAUCAGACAGAGGUUGCUUCCUAUGCUGUCCACCAUCUACCUGAGAGAAAUGGCACAACAGACAGAGAAGAAUUCUAUGUUGAAUGGGCAAUAUGAAUUUGAUUCAAUUCAGCGCAUAAAGAUCAGGUACGGACACAAAGCUUUGGUUGUGAAGUGGAGGAGAGGAGGAAGCUCAAUUGGCAGUGACCGCAAUUUGUGUCUUGUUGAUGAUAAAGACCAAAAAAAGAUUGUGGAGAUUGUUGAUGAGAGUUCUGAUGACUCGGAAGAAUGGGAAGAAACUGGGGUUCAUGUUGAUAAUGAGGGUCAGUUUGUCCUGACAGAUGAACAUAUGGAACUUGUCCGUGGUGCAUUUCCCGGCGAAGUUAGUAAAUUCUUAUUGGAAAAGGAACUUAAAGAAUCCAAGAGAAAGCGUUCUAGAACAGGAGGAUCCGGUAAUAAGUCAGAAAACCUGAAGUCGAGAGGUGUCCAACUUUCUAUUACUGAAUUUUAUCGGUCCAGCAAAAUGCAAGUUUCUGCUAAUCAAGGAGACACAGCCAAUCGUUCUGAAAGUCAUGACAAGGAAAUCAAGAACACCUCCACAUCACCUCUUCCAAAGUCAGUUAGACGCCGCCUUCUGUUUAAGUAGGAUAUGAAAAAGUUGUAAUGUAAAGCUGCUUUUAACUUUUAGUCUCAGAAUGACAUUUCUCGAUGUAGAUAAGCUGAGCAUUAACAUUUCAUCUGACUCUAGAGUAGCUUAAGGGGCUUUUUGUGAGCAGUGGAGUAGAGUAGCCUUCUCCGUGGUGUAAAGUGUAGUUGGUCCUUUUGUAAUUUAUAAAUACUUCAAAGUUUGGUCUACUAGUGCAAUUUAAAGCCAUAUACUCAAUCACUACAUGCCUUUCCUUUGCAAUGGGCAGUAUCUUUCUCCUUCAGUGCUUCAAUAGUGAAUAACAGAUGAUUAGCUCAUCAGAACUUGACACUGCUUCUUCACAAUGUACCGACAGAGAUCUAGAUAUUGUAGCAAGGCUGGCUAUGGUGUGCUAUUCUAUAGUCAAGGAAAAUGAAGUACAAGUUGGAAUGGGGUUACUUUGAACAGAUAUUGAGAUUCGGUGCCAUUGCCUCUCGGAUUUGAAAUCAUCAGUAAUCUUAUGUAAACCAAUCCCAUCUGAUUCCUGAUUUUCCAUGUGUAGGUGUCUGACUAUGAAGGCUGGUCAUAGCAAAGUAGUACCUCUGCUUCAAGUGUAAACAAUGCUGAAUUCUAGCCAGUUAUGUUUCGUCUUACACGAAGUAUUUGUUAAGAUGGGGUAGUUGAAUAGCUUACUCUUAGACCAAAAGUGCUAGACUUGAUAAAAAAACUGCGUGAAGAGUACGAGGUAUGGAGUGGGUCUGCUUACCUGCUGAUUGUUGAUUCAUUCUUGCUAUUCUGGCCCGGUGGUCUAUUCCAGUGAUAUUCUACUCUGAAAUCAACCUUCACUCUCUCUUGGCAGGAAAUUGUUCCUGCAGACUGUCUAUCCUCGUUGAAAGAUCUUGAAAGAUCUUGGGUAUCGGCAUCUAAAGGAGCAAGCAUCUAUUUUCUUCUCUCAGUAUAAGGGACUCUGUUUGCAAACCAGUAUCCGCUUGAACCAAUCAUAUUUCCCCCCAAUUUUGUAAUUUUUAUUACAACGAUCAUGAUCUAUGAGAAUGAUUUUUCAACUGAAACUAAUGAAACUGCUGAGGAUUAUUCCUUAGGUGUCAGCAUCUUGUUACUAGAUUGCGAUUCUGUGUGUUCGACGAUUCUCUCCAAAAUGCUUCGUGCCUCUGGCUAUACAGUUACAACUGCUAAGUUAGCCAAGGAGGCACUCUACAUCCUGCAGCACAGACAAGGUGAAAUUGAUCUGGUCCUUACAGAGUUGUACUUGCCUGACAUGGGCAAAUAUGAGCUUCUGGAGACGAUAAGGGAAAUAUCUACAUUGCCAGUUGUGGUAUUGUCCUCCGACAUCAGCGAGAAUGUGAUGCUAGGCUGCCUAUUCAAAGGUGCAGCAUUUUACAUUCCCAAACCUGUCAUUAUGCAAGACAUCAAAAACCUGUGGCAGUUCUCUUUUAUGACGAGACAAAACUCCCUGAAGAAGCUUGGAAGAAGAACGAGUAAGUGUCCGGAGAUGCCUCUCUAUGAGAAUAAUGCCAGAGAGUGCAAGAGAAAAGAGGCGGAAUGGACUGAAAGCAGCAAGGAUUGUAAAGAUUAUUGUAUGCCACAGCCAAAGAAGUCUAAGAUUAUCUGGACCCCAGAGCUACAUGCCAAGUUCCUGCGUGCCGUCAAUCUACUAGGAGUUGAUCCUGAGCCAACUCGACUUGUAGAUGCCAGACCAAAGAAGAUACUUGAGUACAUGAAAGUGCCAGAGCUGAGCAAAGCCAAUAUCUCAAGCCAUUUACAGAAGCACCGUCUCUCUUUAACGAGACUGCGUGAGGAGCUCGAAAUGGCAGUGCUUCGAGGUAACAACGCUGCUUCGCCACAUUUCCGCCUACUGGAGGGAAGAAGUUUGUCUUCUUCCCCGGUGUCCUUGACAAGGAUAGCAGCAGCAGCAUCAACAUGCAAAACACCAACAUUUCACAACAAUACAAGAAGUACGCCCAUCUUGGGAUGUUCCUUCGGCUCCCACCAUCUUACUGCUCAAGUGGAUCCGUCAAGUCAGAUAAUAUCCCCUCGACCUGGGUUGAACAGCGUUUCUCUGGGCUCAACAACAUUGCAGCUUCGGCAGGAAUAUCUGCAGCCACAGCAGCAGGCUCAACAACCUGCGGAAGACUCUGAACUGGAGCAAAUAUUGUUAGCUUCAGUUGAAGACUUCCUUCUAGAUGAUCAGCCUGUAAAUUGA